GAUGGUGACAACAUUUGCCCACCUCCAGUCCUUUUGUACCUUUUGGUGCAGCUCAUCAGGCCCUGGUGAUUUGAAUUCAUUUAAAGUAGCUGGGUGUACACUUACCACAUAUUUUUUGAAUUACAUUUCACACAGAUUUCUAAGGGUCUGCACACACCAGUCUCCAAGUGAGCUUGUAUGUCCACAAGAUGGUGCCCUUGUGCUGGGAAAAGUCCCAUUCCAGGUUGAUUCUGGACAAAGCUUGGGAAGAUGGAACAUCAACUGUUGUUCUGAAACUUCAGGAGGGUCAUGUGUUGGCGUAAGUUCAGAAGUUAUUAAUGUAUUUCCAGGAAAAUGGAUGACGAUGACUUUGGAGGUUUUGAGGCAGCAGAAAACUUUAAGGAUGGAAAUGGUGAACCCCCAGUUACUUCUCCAGCUAUUCCUUGGGCAGCAUUUCCCACAGCACCUGAAAUCCAUGUACCUCCAACACUUUCUGCUGAGGUUCUUCAGGAGUCAUCUUCCACUAAUGCCAGCUUUGUCUCUUCUGAUCCAUUAAUUCCUUCAGGUUCCAUUAUCAGUUGAUCCUUCUUUGAAUGUACCAGUUUCCUGUUUGAGUAUAACUGAAGAUGUUGAAACAGCAAGUGAAAAUGAUAGGAAACUAGAAUUGGAUGAAGCAAAUAAAACACUUCAGCAAACACUUUCAAGUCUAGAAGUUAAACUUAAAGCGGCUGAUGAAGAAAAAUGUAGAAUAAAAAAGGAGUUAGAAGAUUUGUUGGAAAAAUACAGGAUUCUGGAAACAGAUUUCCUGAAACACAAGGAGGAUAAAUUGAUUUCUCAUGAAGAUCAGUACAACAAGCUUCAGGAGAAGCAUAAACUUGAGUUGGAAGACUUGAGAAGAGCUGGCCAUGAGGCCUUGGCUAUUAUUGUGGAAGAAUUUAAGGCCUUACUGCAGUCUACGGUUCAGCAACGCAAAGAAACCAUUGAAAAACAGUAUGCGUCUGUGAUUGAAAAACAGGCACAAAAGUGUGAAGAACUGCUUAUUGCUCAACAUCAAAGGUUGCUUGAUAUGUUGGACAAAGAGCACAAAGUUUUAGAAGAAAAAACAGAAGAAUCUUUGCUGCAGCAAUCACAAGAAUAUAAGAACAUGCUGGGGAAAUGCAUGGAGAGCGAGAGGGAAAGCAAUAAGGAAGCUUUGGCAGCCUCUGCAAAGAUUGAGAAAGAAGAGUUGGAAGCUGCCAUUAUAACAGCAGUAAAAGCAGAAAGAGAAAACAUGAAAAAACUCCAUGUAGAAGAAAAGGAACUAUGGCAAGCAGAGAGAAACAAAGAUCAGGAAAGGAUUGCUCAAGCAAUUGCAGAUGCAGUUGAAGAACAGAGACAAAGCAGUCAGGUUAUCAAUUGUAAAGCAGCCAUUUUAGAAGAGCAAGAAAAAGUGAAAAGCUAUUGAAAAGCUGUGAAGCAAACAAGAGAAGAGCUGAUGGAAUAUAUCAAGGAGCAGAAAAGGAUUGAUCAAGUUAUCCGUCAACGUAGCCUAUCAAGUCUGGAACUGUUCCUCUCUUGUGCACAGAAACAACUGAGUUCUUUAUUACAUGAAGAAUCUACAUCCGAUGCAGAACAAAAUAAACUGUCCCUCUAAAAUCACAGAAAAUUAUGUAGUUACUAAACUAAAUGCUGCAGAUGAUCAUUCUAAGACACUGAGAAUUGAGUUACUGAUUCAAGAUUAAUCAGACGGCCUUAUUUGUUUUAGUCUUUGAUUUUCACUUUCAUGGCCAUAUGAAAUCUAGUCAAAGGAUGUCUCCAGCGAUAAAGAGUUUUACAAUGGCAA